AUGUCGACGCUUUUUCAACUUUAUUCAAUUUUGUUGGUCCUGAUGACAUGGUGGGGAACUGAGGGAGCACUGCAAACGUGUACUACAACGUCCUAUAACUAUACAAUACGUAUUGAGAAUUGUCAACCGAAGGUAAUCAAGGUAAAGUUUUGUGAAGGAACGUGUAGUUCAAGGACGUCGCCGACAGGUAACAACUUUUGUUCACGAUGUUAUCCGUCGCAUCAAAAAAACGUCACUGUCGCCGUUUUUUGUCCGAAGAAUCCAACCGGCAAAAUAAAAAUGGCUAGUUACUUGAAAGUAAAACGUUGUCGUUGUCGGAAGGUUUCUUGUCCGAAGUUGGAAGCCAAAAAAAGAUCUGGUGCUCAUCGUGGCAACGUUCAACUAUAUGUUCAGUGA